AUGCAUUUUCGUACCCGCCCAGAUGGGGCACUUAUGCGUCAUGGGGGAAAAGUUAAGGGUUCUGAGUGUUCCGGCUCUCUCGCCAGGCCUCCGGUGGUGCUAAAACGUAUGUCUUUGGGAAAUGCUGGUAAUCUUUCUAUCAAGAAAAAUCAUGUUGUGCUUGCCCUAAAAUGCGACAUGGCGGAUGAAUUUUUUUCUAGAUCUGCCAAUUUUUGUUUGCAUGAUCAUCUUCCCAAACAGUGCAGACCCAAAUUUAGUCAGGUGUUGGCCAAGGUUUUGAAAGAAAUUAUCAAAAAACCUCUUUCGCCUCCAAGUUGGUAUAAGCUGCUGUUUCUGCCCUCAAUGGUUCUGAGGAGGAGUCCUCGACGGGGUAAACGUCACAACCCAACAGGUGUUAUUACCCAGAGAUUGGAUGCAUUCGGCGGUUGUUCGGUGGAGAGGAUGGUGGAAUCCUUGGAGCCUGUUGUUAAGUAUAGCAAAAAAGUUUCAACCGAAGCUAAAAUGAUUUCAUCCGUUAGAUCCAAGAUUGAAAAAGGAAACAUUCGAAACGCGCUACAGCUAUUGUCUACAGCUAUACAGUUACAGUGUACAGCGAUACAGUUGCACCGAAAGGAAUGUCUACUCAAAGAGGCUUCAAGCUUAACGGUUAAUUCACAACAGGUGCUGCACUGUUUAAAGUCUUUUCCUAAGGGAACUUCUGGCGGCAGAGAUGGUCUCACGCCUGCACAUCUAAGAGACGUUACGUCUUCAAAAGCAGACUCUUCUGAUCUAGUGAAUUUGAUUGCCUCAUUUGUCAACCUGAUUCUAAGCGGGAACUGUCCGCCAGAGGUGGCUUCUAUUUUGUUUGGUGGAAGACUGAAAGUUUUUGAUGGGUUCCGGACCGUCCACGGAGCGGGGAUUUGUAUCGAAACCCGUUCUCAAAAGGAGUGGAACGCUCCAUUUAUCAGCAGCUCAGUUGCUAAGCUGCUGGAUUUGAACCAAUCAAAUUUUGAUAAAGCCAGGAUAAUGGCUGUAAAAAGUGAGUUGGGAUCAUCUUGGUUGAAGGCGGUCCCAAAUUCCGCCUGUGGUACCAGGCUGGACGACUCUUGUGUUCGUGUCAGUUUGGGACUGAGACUCGGUUUACCCAUUUUAACCGAGUAUGUUUGUUUAUGUGGGGCCAAUGUUGAACCCCUGGGCUACCAUGGUCUUUCGGGUCGAUUGGGCCCUGGUAGACAGGCUCCACACUCGGCCAUGAACGACUUUUUGGUCAGGUGCUUUCAGAGGGCAAACAUACCCACAAUUAAAGAACCCACGGGUUUUAUGGAGGAAGGUAGCCUCAGGCCCGAUGGAUAUACUAUUUCACCAUGGGCGCAGAAACGAUCCCUUGCUUGGGAUGUUACGUUCCCUCACACCAUGGCUAAAAGGUACAUUAAUCUUAUUUCACAGGAGGCGGGUGCCGCUGCCUUAAGAGCCGCAGACUUUAAUAAGUCAAAAUAUGCGGCUCUUGCAGAAAGCAAAAUUUUUCAGCCAGUCUGCAUUGAGACCUUUGGUCCAACCGAUGCUCAGACUCAGAGUUUUCUGAAUGAACUCUGUAGCAGGAUUGUAGAAGUAUCGGGUGACCCAUUAGAUAAGAGUUAUGAAAGCAAUCCUUUUCUAUUUUACUUCAAAAAUAUAAUUCUUUCUGUAUUUUGGAUGGAGCGUUAA